GUGUGGACAUGUGUGUGUUUCUUCCUUUUUUAUCGUAAUGAAUUUGUUUUGCAGAUUUUGAAAGAAACAAAUAGGUAUUACCCAGGAUAUUUCCCAUGAAUUCUUAUCUGAGUCCCACAUCUCUGAGUAUGAUCCCUGCACUUUUCAAACCCCGUGUUUUGAGUGGGGCCACGGGUGUUUAAAAAGAGUUGCUUUGAAACCUUUCCUCCGCAAGCACCAGAAGAGAACUCAUAACAAGGAAGACAACGGCAGAUGCAAUUGCGGAUGUGGCUUCAUCCUCGCAGCUGGCCCAGUGAGCUGUUCACAGUGCAUCGUCCUCAGGAAUGAAUCCAGAAGAACGAAUCGUGACCUGGCUGAUAUCUUUGGGAGUUUUAGAUUCCCCGAAAAAGACCAUCUGUGAUCCGGAGGAGUUCUUGAAGGCCUCGCUGAAAAAUGGGGUAGUGCUGUGCAAGCUGAUCAACAGACUCAUGCCCGGCUCCGUGGGAAAGUAUUGUCUGGAGCCCCAAACGGAAGCCCACUGUAUCAGCAACAUCAAUGACUUCCUAAAGGGAUGUGCAGCCCUUCAGGUGGAGGUAUUUGAUCCUGAUGACCUUUAUUCAGGGGUCAAUUUCCCGAAGGUUCUGAGUACUCUUCUAGCUGUCAACAAAGCAACAGAAGAUCAACUAUCAGAAAGACCAUGUGGACGUUCCUCUUCUCUUAGCGCUGCUAAUAGUUGUCAGGCAAACCCACAGGGAGCGGUUACCAGCACAGCUCCAGGGCUGCAAAGGCAGUCAAAGGCUGCGGAGAUGACGGAAAAUGGAAGUCACCAGUUGAUAGUAAAGGCAAGAUUCAAUUUUAAGCAGACAAAUGAAGAUGAGCUGUCAGUCUGUAAAGGGGACAUCAUUUAUGUCACUCGGGUUGAAGAAGGAGGCUGGUGGGAAGGCACGUUAAAUGGAAGAACGGGCUGGUUCCCUAGUAAUUAUGUCCGAGAAAUCAAAUCCAGUGAAAGACCUCUUUCCCCCAAGGCUGUCAAAGGAUUUGAUCCUGCUCCACUUACUAAGAAUUAUUAUACUGUGGUAUUACAGAAUAUCCUGGAUACUGAAAAAGAGUAUGCAAAAGAACUCCAGUCUCUUCUUGUUACAUACUUGAGACCUCUGCAGUCCAAUAACAAUCUGAGUUCUGUGGAGUUCACAUCUUUGCUGGGCAACUUUGAGGAAGUAUGCACGUUUCAGCAGACUCUUUGCCAAACCUUGGAAGAGUGUUCCAAAUUUCCAGAGAAUCAGCACAAAGUAGGAGGUUGCCUCCUGAAUCUCAUGCCUCAUUUUAAAUCUAUGUAUAUGGCUUACUGUGCGAAUCACCCUUCAGCAGUGAAUGUGCUCACCCAGCACAGUGAUGAUCUGGAACAAUUUAUGGAAAAUCAAGGUGCAUCCAGCCCAGGCAUCCUCAUUUUAACCACAAGCCUCAGCAAACCCUUCAUGCGACUGGAAAAGUAUGUUACUCUCUUGCAAGAGUUGGAGAGACAUAUGGAGGAUACUCAUCCAGACCAUCAGGAUAUUUUGAAGGCAAUCGUGGCAUUCAAAACUCUCAUGGGGCAGUGCCAAGAUCUGAGAAAGAGAAAACAGCUGGAACUGCAGAUACUUUCCGAGCCUAUCCAAGCAUGGGAAGGGGAGGAUAUUAAAACUUUGGGAAACGUGUUGUUCAUGUCACAAGUCAUGGUGCAAUUUGGAAUGUGUGAGGAAAAAGAAGAACGGUACCUAUUGUUAUUUCCAAAUGCCUUGAUAAUGUUGUCUGCAAGUCCUCGGAUGAGUGGCUUUAUCUAUCAGGGAAAAAUACCAACAGCAGGAAUGGUGGUGACUAGAUUAGACGAAAUUGAAGGAAAUGACUGCACAUUUGAAAUCACAGGCACCAUGAUAGAUAGACUUGUGGUCCAUUGCAACAACAACCAGGACUUCCAGGAAUGGUUGGAUCAGCUGAGCAGACUGAUUAGAGGACCUGCUUCCUGCAGUUCAUUAUCCAAGACAUCAUCAUCAUGUAGUGCUCAUUCUACAUUUUCCCAGUCUUUUAGCUCUACUGGACAGCCCCGGGGACCCUUGGAGCCUCCUCAAAUUAUAAAACCAUGGAGUUUAAGUUGUCUGCGACCUGCACCUCCACUUAGACCAUCAGCAGCUCUAGGUUAUAAAGAGAGGAUGUCUUAUAUCUUAAAGGAGUCUAGUAAAAGCCCCAAAACGAUGAAGAAGUUUCUUCAUAAAAGGAAGACUGAGAGAAAACCAUCAGAGGAGGAAUAUGUAAUCAGGAAAAGUACGGCUGCUCUGGAAGAGGAUGCUCAGAUUCUUAAAGUGAUUGAAGCCUAUUGCACCAGUGCCAGUUUUCAACCAGGCCAUGGCUCAAGUGCUCGCAAAGAUUCUGUUCCGCAAGUCCUGCUACCGGAGGAAGAGAAGCUCAUCAUUGAAGAAACCAGAAGCAACGGGCAGACCAUCAUCGAAGAAAAGAGCCUUGUUGAUACUGUUUAUGCUCUGAAGGAUGAGGUCAAAGAACUGAAACAGGAGAAUAAAAGAAUGAAGCAAUGCCUAGAAGAAGAACUGAAGUCACGGAGGGACCUAGAAAAGCUGGUUCGGAGGCUGUUGAAGCAAACCGAUGAGUGCAUGCGAGCUGAGUCUGGCAGCAAGACGUCGCUUCUUCCAUAAGCCUCCCUGUGCGCUGGGGAGAGCGUGCUUUCAGGGCAUCUUGAAAUGUCUGGUCAAAGAAUUUGACUCGGUUUGCUCA